UUCCAGCCUCACACUCGCCUCACAUUCCCCCACAGUCACACCGAGCUCUGGGAUUCAGAGGAAUACCGUGUGCCAGCAACCGAUUCACAGGCUCCUUUUACCUGCAGGUGUUCCAGAAACUUCAAAAUGCGUCUGGAAGAAUUAAAAAGAUUGCAGAAUCCUUUAAAACAAGUUAACGAUGGAAAAUAUUUACUUGAAAAUCACCAACUGGCCAUGGAUGUGGAGAAUAAUAUUGAAAAGUAUCACCUCCAUCUACAGCUCUUGGAAUCAAAGGUGAAAAUCAUUCAGCGAGUGUGGCGCGAGUACCUGCAGCGGCAGGACCCCCUGGAGAAGAGGAGCCCAUCCCCACCUUCCGUGUCCUCAGACAAGCUGAGUACCUCCGUCAGCAUGAACACCUUCUCGGACAGCAGCACACCUUUUAAGAACUCCGGAGUACAGGGCUGA